CAAAAGAAGAAGAAGUCGACUACCGCACUGUUUGUGUUCAUCGUUAGCUUAGCAGCCGGGUUGGGUAGAAGAAGAUGUCUGCUACAGAUGAUGACACCGAGCUGAGGGAUCUUCUCAUCCAGAACUUGGAAAACAACGGCGUUCUGAACAAACUCAAGGCAGAAAUGAGGGCUGCCGUUUUUCUGGCCUUGGAGGAGCAGGACAGACUGGAGAACAAAACGCCGCUUGUCAACGAGAACCUGAAGAAAUUUCUCAACACCAAAGACGGUCGUUUAGUUGCCAGUCUCAUUGUGGACUUCAUGCGUGUGUUUCAUCUGGACUUCAGUCUGGCUGUGUUCCAGCCAGAGAUCAACACGCACCUGAGCAAUCUGGACAGUCGGCAGGUGGUGUGCGGUGAGCUUGGGCUUUCAGAGGCGGAUAUUAACACAAACUCGCCCGUGCUGCUGGAACUAAUUCAGAGGGGAGAACACAAGGCCACGUCCAUCAUGGCUGCUGAGAUGGCGUCAGAGGACAACAAAGUCCCUAUCGACAAGGACUCGCCGGUGGCCAUAUUGUCUGGUGGCGAGGACCUCGAUCAGCAGGCUUGCGUUCCUGAUAACGAGUCGGCUCUGAAGCCACACGUCGACCUCGGGCAGGAGGACGAGGAUGAUUCCUUUUUUGAUGACCCACUGCCUCAGCCGCAAAAGACCUAUGGAUUGCAGGUGGUGGCUCACAAUGGCAAACAGAAUCCCGCAGACUCGCUUUUGAAGGUGGCGCCAACGGCAGGAGGAGAAGAAGCAGGAGGCGGAGGAACAAGUUCAUCAGAAAGGAGCCAAAGUCAAACAGCAUCACCAUCCAAAGAGAAAGCAUUCCGAGAGCCAAAGCUCGCCAGCAGCGUGGACCAGAGCGCGUCGGUCCAUUUAGAGGAUGACAAUGACAUAGAGUACGACGACGACUUCAACAGCCACCGCUCUGACUUGUACAAGAGCGACCUGAGCAUCAGCGAAGACAUCGAGGAGGUGUCCAUCGAGGGACCCGACCACAGCGACAAGCUGGAGGACACUCUGGACAUGAGUGUCUCCCAACCGAGCUUGAGUGUCGGUGUGGACUACAUGGAGGAAGUGGCCUGAUGUUGCUCCCGUUCGCCACUUCCAGUUCUUCCUGUGUGUACUACAUUGAAUGAAAGGACUUGUUCGUGUCCUAAGUGGACACUGGCAGACAGGAAGUGCCUUGCCCGCAUUCCAUUCACCUGCUCCUUAUCGGGAGUAAUCAUGGCGACCGUCUUUCAACAUGCCACGCUUACCCCUGUGUGUCCGUGUCACGGUGACAUUGAGCGUAAGAAUGUCAUCUGGCCUCAUUUUAGUGCUGGGUGUGUGUGCGUGCGUGUGUGUGUUUGUGUGUGUGUGUGAGAGAGAGAGAGAGAGAGAGAGAAAAGGAUAGGUCAAAGGUCAAUAUGCAGGUGGCACUCGGGCGAGACAUCCCAAGGGACUAUCAUUCAAUCAGAGUAGGGAUGUAGUAAUUUUUUUUUCCCUGUAACAUUUUUUUUUAAGUUUUUGUUUUCAAGUGAAACCAAAAUGAUGGUUGCAAUUGUGUACCCUAUGUAUUAUUUUCCCCUGGACCGGAGUCUGUAAAUAAAAUGAUUGUGAGCGGAGACAAAAAAAAUAAACUUUGCUUUUAUUCACAGGUC